AUGGGUCGUGGCUUUAGUUUUCGACUCUUUUAUCGAGUCGUUUUCUUUUGCUUCUGUCUGAUUUUCGCCUGUUUUUAUCAUGGUGGUGGUUCAGAGUAUGACAGGCGAGAAGAUAAAACAGAACCGAACAAAUUAAAAGAUGAAUUCAAAGGUAAAUUCUUGCAUGUUGACGUUUCUCUCGAACAAGACAUUGGCGUCCCUAACUUGACAGGAAAUGCGAAACAAAUUGACGGCGAGGAUACGAAGAUUUCAAAGAUGGCAAGAAAAGAUAAAUUCUGAAAAUGUGAGAAUAUUCGUAAUUCAUUUCAGAAGAAGCAACUGUCAACCACAUUAUUGAUUUUUUAGGAACUGUGAUGAAAACACUCGGAAGUGAGAGAAUACAGAAGAGCCCAAAACUGCCCUCGCCGCCCAAGGUAAAAGUUCCAAGCAAAGAAUCGACAACCAUCUCCCAUUCACGUGAGACAAAAUGGCAAAACAAUGACGGCAAAAAUAUAUCUUCGUUGGAAAAUCAAAUUUUUCAACAGAAUGACUUGAGAGAAACAGCCAAAAGAGAAACGUUCGCUUCACUCACAACUCAACAUCUUCGGAACACACGUGAAAUUGAUGCGAUCUCAGAAAGUCCUACCGAAUGCUCCAACUUUACCUUUACUAUAAAGUAUGAAAAUAACUACAGAGUAUGGAACAACUUUUCAAUGACGUAUCAAAGCCGAAUGUACCGUUAUAACGAGUACAGAGUAACGGACGAUGGUCUACAAGUUUGUGAUUCUUCUGACACCCUUACUAAACAAAGAUGGCGGGAUUUGAUCGCUCGGGAAAAGAAAGUGUUGGCUUCCAAAUAUUGCAAUGUAUCCGUGGACGGUUUUUACUUUGAACAUUACACAUUAUUCAAAAACUUUACUGUUUUCUUUCAUCCUACUGAGCAAAAUUUCACAAGGCGAGAUUACGGAGUGAUGUUUGGACAUUUUGCAAUUUGUUCAGCAAAACUUAGUCUGUCCUGCAAUGAUGAUUUGGUUAAAGUAAAGUACGAUGAACAAUACAAUGUUUUCAAAAACUUUUCGCUGGUUUACAACAAUACAAUGUACAAUUAUCGCGAAUAUCGAUUCAGAAACAACAGUCUUGAAAUGUGCGCUUCCAAUGAUUCAAGAAUUCGGGCUAUUUGGAAAACUCGGAAUUCGUGGGAAAAGUUAAACGACCGGUAUAAAUGCCGCGAAUCUGUUAGUAAAUUAUUAGAUGCAAGGACCUACACUGUGACUAAGCAGUUCACUGUCUAUUACGCAGUUAUGAGUCAAUAUUUCACAAGAAAUGAGUAUGGGAUGUACGACGGUAAACCUUUUACAUGCGAAGAAAAGUUCAAACCCAAAUCAACAGAGUAUACGCAGGAAGAUCUAUCAAUGUGCAACGAUUCAAUCAUCAAUAUAAAAUACGAUGAUGGAUACAAAGUUUGGACUGACUUUUCAAUAUUCUAUAAGAACAAGGUGUACGAUUAUACCGAGUAUCGAGUUCUGAAUGAUAGCAUAAACAUUUGCAACUCCAGUGAUAACUACGUACGGAAUAUUUGGAAAGUACGCAAUAAAUGGGUAAAGGCGAAAAUGCAUGACAAAAGCUGCAAUAAACCCAUAGACAUCCGUACGAUCCGCCAAAAGACUGUUCGUAAGGACUUUAGUGUUCUCAUUUUGCGAACAGAUCAGGUGAUAGCAAAGUAUGAUUAUGGUGUGUUUGAAGGUAAAUUUAUAAUAUGUAAAGAAAAAAUCAAAAACUUUUAUCGCGUAAAAGACUAUGGCGCAGCUGAAGUAGCAGUAUUAUGUGCUUUAGCGCUUUCUACUAUUUGUUUGCUAUUGUUGUUGAUAGUUUAUUGCAUGCUUCCUGAACUGCGCACUCUUCCUGGUUUGAAUUUAAUGAGUUUUAGUUUCGCCUUUUUGUUGUGGCAGACUUACACUGCAGUAUUUGUUUCGCUGUAUUUUCGUGUAGGUCAAGCGAUUAAGAUACCGUGUGACGGCAGGAUAGAAAUAACAUUGGGGUUUAUUUUUCAUAGUAUACUUAUGAAUGCUGCCGCUAAUAUCUAUCACUUAAGAAAAACCUUUUGUGGCAACACUCUUGUGAAAUGCAAUACUCUUGUGAAAUCUGAUGAAAACAAGUGGAAAACGUUCUUGAAGUAUAGUCUCUUUAGCUGGGGUGUUCCUGUCAUCAUAACUAUUGUUGGUAUUGUGCUUGUGAAGAAAGAUGUUUUAAAAUUUCAAAGAGAUAGUACUGGUUGUGUCAAGGGUAACGAACUUUCUCUUUGGUUAACUGUUAUGGCACAAUAUGGUCUUCCGGGUUGUCUUGUCUUGUACAUUAUUGUAAUGUUCUCCCUCACUGCUUAUCGAAUUCGUCAAAAACUCAAAGCAAUCAGGAACAUCGCACAGAAAUCAAAUAUUGUUAAGAAACGCAAUAGCUUUGUCAUAUUGCUUAAGUUGUCAACCACCACAGCCAUAAGCUUCUUUCCUGUUUUGUUCAUGGACAAAUUAGAUGGUAAAAUCAUACUACCGUUAUUUACUGUAGCGUCUCUUACUGGUGCCUACAUAGGUAUUGCGUUUGUCUUCACCAGAAAAAAUUACAUGUUGCUUAAGGAGAAGUAUUUCCAAGCAAAAAAGAAACCAAUUAACGCGUAG